UCUUCCAUACAUUUUGCCGGCAGAAGGGCUUCUCCAAGAAAGUUUCGAUUCUACAUACCAUCGCUGAUAGAUACUUAGUCUCGGGUUCGAUUUCACGAUUUUACCCGCCAUUGCUGCAAUUUCAUGGUUUAAUUCGUUGAAUUCCGGGGUUUCUGCAGAGGGAAGCAUGAGUAAAUCAUCGUUGCCGCUGGAAGAUGUGCGAGGGCGGGAGAAGCAAAUUCUCAAGGAAGAAUCUUUGGUGAAGCUGUUGCGAUGGCAUUUUGGGCAUUCUGAUUUCAGAGGGAAGCAAUUGGCUGCCAUUCAGGCUGUUUUGUCAGGUCGAGAUUGCUUUUGUCUGAUGCCCACCGGUGGUGGAAAGUCGAUUUGCUAUCAGAUUCCGGCAGUCGCGAAAUUGGGGAUUGUGCUUGUUGUCAGUCCUUUGAUUGCUCUUAUGGAGAAUCAAGUGGCAGCAUUAAAGGAAAAAGGAAUUGCUGCUGAAUACCUCUCUUCGACGCAGACUGCCAAGGCCAAAAAUAAGAUAUACGAAGACCUUGAAUCAGGAAAGCCAGCUCUGCGGUUAUUGUAUGUUACACCUGAACUUAUUGCAACACCGGGUUUUAUGACGAAAUUGAUGAAGAUUCAUGGCAGAGGGUUGCUAAAUCUAAUUGCAAUUGAUGAGGCACACUGUGUAUCAACAUGGGGCCAUGACUUCAGGCCAAGCUACAGAAAACUUUCUUCUUUGCGGAAAAGUUUGCCAAACGUACCAGUUUUGGCCUUAACAGCUACGGCUGCUCCCAAAGUUCAGGAGGAUGUGAUAUCGUCCUUGUGCUUGCAAAGCCCACUCAUUUUGAAAUCAUCGUUUAAUCGUCCUAAUAUCUACUAUGAAGUUCGCUAUAAAGACCUUCUGGAUGAUCCGUAUUCUGAUCUGUGCAAUUAUCUCAAAUCCCAUGGAAAUAUUUGUGCUAUUGUUUACUGCCUGGAGCGUACUGCUUGCGAUGAUCUAGCUGCCCACCUGUCCAAUACCGGAAUCUCUUGUGCUGCAUAUCAUGCCGGAUUGAACAGUAAACUGCGGACCUCUGUCCUGGAUAAUUGGAUCUCAUCAAAAACACAAGUAAUUGUAGCUACAGUUGCUUUUGGGUAUGGCAUAGAUCGGAAGGAUGUCCGAGUUGUUUGUCAUUACAACAUUCCCAAGUCUAUGGAAGCCUUCUACCAAGAAUCUGGUCGAGCCGGUCGUGAUCAAUUGCCAUCUCAAAGUUUGUUGUAUUAUGGAGUGGACGACCGAAGGCGACUGGAAUUCAUCCUGAGUAAUGCGGCGAGCAAGAAAAAGUCACAUUCUUCAAGCUUCAAUGAGGAUUCCUCCAAGAAGUCAUUAGCUGCCUUCCGCCAGAUGAUUGAAUAUUGUGAAGAGUCUGGUUGCCGAAGGAAAAAAAUCCUAGAAAGCUUUGGGGAAGAGGCGCCGGCAACAUUGUGUGCAAAAUCAUGCGAUGCCUGCAAACAUCCUAGUAUGGUCUCGAAGUAUUUGGAGGAGCUUACGACCUCUAUUUCACUUCGGAGUAGACAUGGAUCUUCCAGAAUAUACAUGAGCAGUGCUUCCGAUUUCAAUGAUGCUGAACCACUCUCAGAAUUUUGGAAUCGUGACGACGAAGCAACCGCAUCUGAAGAAGACAUAUCUGAUUUCGAUGAUCCUGUUGAACUUGCGAAAAGUGUCGCCCUUUCAAGUAAAUCUUCAGAAAGGAGAUUACACGAGAGAAUGGAGUCGUUGCAGCGCGCCGAAGAAAACUAUUACCGUAAUCAAAGAAACCAAGACAAACAGAUGAACAAAGCCGACAAAAACAACAUUUCCGGAACAUUGAGGGAAUCAGGGAGGCAACGGCUACUAAACGCCUUGAAGCAAAACCAGGAUCGUUUCAGCGCCUUGCAGAUCGACUUCGCUGCAUCAGCGGAGGCACUCGAGGAUCAAUGCUACAAGAAAUACGGGAAAACCGGCAAGUCCUUUUAUUUAUCCCAGUUAGCGAGUACCGUAAGAUGGCUGCCAACAGCAACCCCCGACGAUCUAGCGAUUAGGCUCGACAAUGCACGACCCGAGGAAGAGAAACCGGAACCAACUUUUUCUUCGCCACGACCAUCCUUGUCGACAAACAAGAGUUUUGUUCCCGCGGCUAGCUUUGUUGCCUACUCGCCUCUUUCCCGGGAUACGGCUGCUCCGCCGGCAAUCCCGUCGUUUUCCGAGUUCAUUAACAGUAGAAAAGCUAGAGACGGAGAAGCUUCUGCAGAGAAAAGGAAGGGCAGCCAUGGAGAUUGCAGAGGUAUGGAGAAGAAAAUUAAGUCUUGAUUUUUUUUAUUUUAAGUGAAUUUUUUAGGUUUCUCAUCUAAUAUUUGGAUUUAAAUGAUGGAUCUUUUUGUUUAGUUUGAAUCUUUUCUUUAUGGUGC